AUGAAUGGCUUACAGCCAAUGCCUUUGUUCGAACCGAAGGCUGAUCCAACGAAUACAAGCGCUCGAUGGACACAAUGGAUUCAACGUUUUAAAACAUAUUUAGUCGCUACAAAUGUGAAGGAUACUGCACGUCAAAGAGCACUUCUACUGUACCAAGCUGGGCCUGAAGUUCACGAAAUAUUUAAAACACUGCCAGACAAAGGAGACGAGAAAGAUUACGAAGCAGCUGUCAACGCCCUCACUGCAUAUUUCGAACCGGAGAAAAAUCGUAUUUACCAAACAUAUAUGUUUAGACAAGCAGCGCAACAAGAUAAUGAAACAAUAGAUGAAUUUCACACACGCUUGAGAAGAUUAGCAAAGCAUUGUGAGUUCACUGAUGUUGAAUUUGAGAUAAAAAUGCAAAUUGUGUGCAAUGGGACAUCUUCAAGACUGCGUAAGAAAGCGUUGAAAGAAAGCAAUUAUUCACUGAAAGAUAUGUUGAUCGAUGGUCGCAAAUCUGAAACCAGUAUAGCCCAAGCCAGUGGGAUGGAAGAAAAAUUUAAAGAUGUACAACUUAAUCAAGUGGAGAAAAGACCAGCUGAAGCUAUGUGUUAUAAUUGUGGAUUUGCUUACCCUCAUGGGGAUCGCCCGUGUCCAGCUGCCAAUUCAACUUGUAACGCGUGUGGUAUAAUUGGUCAUUUUUCGAGAGUGUGUCGAAAGAAACAAUCGCGUCGUUUUCCCAAGUCACAACUUCCAAAAGAAUCGCCCCGACGAAGAGAACAAUCAAAAGAACAAUUGAAAUCAGAAUCCAAACAAAAAAAUCAUGCACGGGCAGUCAACAAACAUCUCGAUUCCUCGACGGAGACCAGUUCAGAAGACGAUUAUGUGUACACAGUGAAGAACAAAACCAAAGACCACCCAAAGACGAAAACAAACAUACGGAUAAAUUCAACUAAUAUUAAUUUCAUUGUUGAUACAGGAGCCACAGUUGAUGUCAUCGAUUCCCAAACGUACGAUCGCCUCAAAUCCAGCGUAAAAUUGUGCAAGAGUGCCACACAGAUAUUUGCUUAUGGCUCGGAUAAACCACUACCUCUUAAAGGUCAAUUUCAGGCAACGUUGGAGUCGAACAAACGUUAUACUGUCUCGGUUAUUCAUGUUGUCGAAGGUGGCUCUGGAAAUCUACUUAGUGCCAAAACCGCUCAAGAUUUGGCAUUAAUUCAAUUGGUAAACAAAGUCACUGAACUUGAGACGCCACUGAAACCGAAAGUUUCUAAACCGGAAGUCAUUUCGAAGAAUAUGGAAAACACCGGAAAAAGCAAUAAAAGCACGGAUAAAAGCCAGCCAGCGCUUGCAUCAACGCCGAAAUGUGCCGAUAAAGAUAUCCAGGAAAUUAUUGAUAAAUAUGCAAAUGUUUUCGUUGGUGAAGGAAAAUUGAACACUCAACAAGUCGGGUUGCAUAUUAAUAAGAAUAUUAAACCGGUAGUUCAGCCGCAGCGCCGGAUACCUUAUCAUAUUCGCAAAGAUGUAUCAAAAGAGCUAGAAAAAUUGAUGGAGAAAGAUAUGAUCGAAAGAGUCUGUGACCAACCUACACCCUGGAUUUCGCCCGUUGUGUGCACCCCAAAGAAGGAUGGCGGAACACGAAUCUGUGUUGAUAUGAGGGCAGCCAAUGAAGCCAUUGAGUGCGAAAGACAUAUCAUGCCAACCCUUUCCGAUUUUCGUGCUGAGAUGAAUGGAUCGAAAUAUUUCUCGAAGAUCGAUCUAAAGCAAGCCUACCAUCAGUUAGAACUGACCGAAGAAAGUCGCUACAUAACCACAUUUUCGACACAUGAAGGCCUCUUUCGUUACAAACGACUGAACUAUGGAACAAACAGUGCACCAGAAAUAUUCCAGAACAUUUUGCAACAACACCUUAGUGACAUUUGUGGAGUAAAGAAUAUCGCAGACGAUAUAAUCGUUCACGGGAAAACACGAAAGCAACACGAUGAAGCCUUAGAAAACUGCUUGAAACGACUAGAUGAACUCAACUUAAAAGCGAAACCCGAGAAGUGUAGUUUCCUACGCAACGAGAUUAACUUCUAUGGUCUCAUUUUUACAGCAAACGGAACAAGACCUGAUCCAGCAAGAGUAGAAAAUUUAGUCAAAGCCAGAGCACCAAAGAAUGCCAGCGAAGUACGCAGUUUUUUGGGUCUAGCUAACACGUGCCGAGAGUAUGUUCCAGAGUAUGCUGAAAUUACUACACCGCUGAGGAAUCUCACAAGAAAAAGUGUCGCUUUCACAUGGAACAAUACUCAUCAAAGAGCCUUUUAG